AUGGGGCUGGACCAAGGUGGUGGCCACUGUAAGAAUUACUUCUGCGGAGUGCAUGAGUCCCCACCCUUUCAGGAACGACUCCUUGCCAGCUCCCUGGCUGUGGCCACUUCCCAGAUGCUCAUCGACCCCAUGGAGGUGCUGAAGACACGGCUGACCCUGUGCCGGACUGGCCAGUACAAGGGGCUGCUGGACUGCGCCAGGCAUAUCGUGGAGCAGAAGGGCACCCGCAUCCUUUACCGCGGCUACCUGAUGCUUGGCAUCAUUCCCUACGCCUGCACCGACCUGGCUGUCUACUAGAUGCUCAGGUGCCUCUGGCUGAAAUCAGGCAGGGACAUGGAGGACCCCAGUGGCCUGGUCAGUCUGUCGUCUGUGACACUGUCCACAACCUAUGGCCAGAUGGCCAGUUACCCACUGACUUCGGUGCGCACCAGGAUGCAAGCCCAAGACACCGUGGAGGGUUCGAACCUCACCAUGCACGGAGUCUUCCAGCGGAUCCUGGCCCAGCAGGGCUGCCCGGGGCUGUACCGAGGCAUGACCGCCACGUCACUGAAGGUGUUGCCAGCAGGUGGCAUCAGUUACGUGGUGUACGAAGCCAUGAAGAAGACCCUGGGCAUUUAA